UGAUUAUUAUACAUGUAGUAAAAGUUAAGCAAAGUACGCAGAGUUUCCAGUGGAACAGGACGUUUUGGACAAAAGACCUUCAUCAGUUGUUCAAUCACCUGGUUUCACUUCCUACACCUUCAGCUUGCUCAGUUGAUUCUGUCCGAAAUAUCCUGUUUCUCCAGCAACUUUUCAUACCUCGCUUAUCUUUUACAAUAUUUAUCCGUCACCUUUUAACGUUAAAGACUACGAAGCAGUCGAGAUCUACAGCUGGGGGCUGUACAGUGAAGCUGGUUUAAGUUGGUGGCUAGCCAGGUAAGUUUCAGUUUAUUUCGUGCCAACCCUGGCAUCUAGGUACCAUGGAAGUGGCUCGGCGUUUCCAGGUGUUCAUCACCAUAAUAACAUCCUCUCCGGGGCAUGUGAUGUUCUGGGUAAGAGAACUCAAACCCAUCUCGGACCAAUCAGCUGUGAGCAAUGCGACAUAAAUGACGCAACUAAUUCAACUCCCUCAGCGCAAACCUGAAGAAGAAGAGCACUUCACAGAGAAGCAUUCAAUUCAAACAAUUUAUAUUAAAUAAAAUAUGUUGGUUAUAAGUUUUCGAUCCGUUUAUUCUCAUUGUGAGUCUAUAAAAGUAAAAUUACGCAUUUAUACAAUCAGCAAUGUUCCCGAGCUUUGGCAGCCGCAGCGGGAUUGCUUUCUGCGGUUAGAGGAGGUUUAAAGUCCGCAUAUUUCUGCAAAAUAACCUGCUUGUUCCUCAGGAUGUACGCUAUUGGCUGUUCGGUGCCGACGUCACACCUUUACGUGCACGCGCUCGUGGAUUAAUCAUAGUUUAAGGAUCAACGCCUGAUUGAAUUGGAUUGGUUUUGUUAACUCGAAACUAAUCCUUCUGUGAGCUUUGCAAGCGUUGUGAUGAUUGCCCUGACAAAUACGGAGAGAAGAUCACACUUGAGGAACCCAAGCUCACUGUGCACUAUUUUUGUUUGCUGAUGUCCAGUGGAAUAUUCCAGAGAGGAAAGGAACAUGAAGGCAUUCAUGGGUUUCUGGUGGAUGACAUCAAAAAGGAGGCCUGUAGAUCUUCAAGGCUGCGGUGUACAGUCUGUAAAAAGAUGGGUGCUUCAGUUGGAUGUGCCAUCAAAAGCUGUAGACAGAUGGUCCACCUGCCUUGUGGAAUAAAACAGGAGUUUAUUUUCCAGUUCACUGAUUUGUUUCCAUCUUUUUGUAGAAAGCAUUGCCCCACUCAGAUCUGCUCUUCCAGCCCUACUCUGCCUUUGUCCUGCUCCAUCUGCUUGGAGCCCAUCGAGCCUGUUCUCUCCUACACUGUGCUCAAGUGCCCUGCAUGUCAUGGAAGCUGGUUUCAUAGGGCUUGUGUUCAGAAUCAGGCACACAGUGCUGCCCUGUAUUUCUUCAGAUGUACGCUAUGUAAUAACUCGGACCAGUUCCAGCAAGAAAUGCUCAGAAUGGGAAUACACAUACCUGAAAGAGAUGCAUCCUGGGAGUUAGAAGAGAAUGCUUAUGGAGAGCUGUUACAGGUGUACCAACACUGUGAUGCCAUUAAAUGUUCCUGCGAAAAAGGCCGUAGUUACAGUGCACAGUCAGGGUUUUUUGAGAUCGUUCGUUGUACGUUUUGUGGCUCCCGUGGAACCCACCGAAAAUGUUCUUUUCUCAAGCUUUAUGAGACCAACUGGAGUUGUGAUGAUUGCAAAACUGCUGUUGAGGGAACAGUGUCCCCAUUGCCAAACCAUGUUAAAUCACCGCUGGCAGAGAGGCAAGAGAAGAAAAGACUGAUUAAAAGAUGCCUCUCCAGUAUUAGCUCAUCAUUCAUCCCUAAAAGGUUCCAUAUGGACGCAAGUCCCUCAGAGAUCUUAAUGGAUCUGGCCACUCAGAUAUCAACGCAGCAGACCACAGCUGUGCUGGUGAUAAAGGAUGAGGUGGUUGAAGCUGCCCUUCAGGCUGUGAGGCAGAGUGACUUCAGCCCCUGCCACACACUGUCUGUGAGUUUCAGCAGAGACGUACAGAGCCAAAAGGUGGGCACACAGCGCCGCUUCCUCAGACUCCUCCUGCAGAAACUACGGAGUUCGAGUGUCUUUGAAGGACCUGACCAGGCUAAAAACCUGGCUCUCAGCUCACAAGCUCUGAGAGAUGAUCUGUAUUUCGAGAUUGGCAGUCUGCUGGCUCUCUCUCUGGUCCAUGGAGGCCCUCCUGUGGCCUUUUUCUCACGUGCACUGUACUACAGCCUAUUUCAUUACCCCACUGAUUACAAGUUCACUGCUGAAGACCUGGGAGAUGUCACACUAACGCACGCAGUCAAAAAAAUAGCAAAGUCAAGCUCUUUGCCGGUGUUGAGGAGAGUGGUGCGGUCCAUGAUGGACUAUUUGCAAGUAGCAGGCUGCUGGCGAGAGAUCACUAAACUGUCUGACAAAAACCUACUGCUGGAGGACAUUCUAAACUUUUACUUCGUCAUAAGAAUGCAGGUGCCUCUUCAAAGAUUUCGCGAGGGCCUUAGAACUUUAGGUGUGUUUGAUCGAGUCCAGGCAUGUCCAGAGGCCUUCUGCUCAAUUUUUUGUGGCCCAGAAGAAAGGAUGACUUCUGACGCCAUAUUUUCACUUUUCACUGCUUGUUUUUCUGAGGAUGAAGAACAGAAAGCAAAAGAAUAUGCAACAAUGGCUUUCUGGAAGCAAUACAUACAUGAGUGUGAAGAUGGAAGAUGUGCUGCAUCACUAGAGGACAUUCUUAUAUUUGCCACUGGUAUCGAUGUGGUCCCUGCCAUGAGCUUUGACCCUCCUCCUUCAUUAUCGUUCUUUGUGCCCCUGGAACCAUCCUUUGCCUUUCCACAAAGUCACACUGAAACAAACCACCUCAUUCUACCUCUGCUUUCCUCUUAUGAGCUCUUCAAGAAGCAUUUGGAAUAUGCUGUAUGUCAGAUUUCUGUGAUGCAGGGCAUGUGAACUCACCUUUGAACAUUUAUGGCUGAGGUGAAAUGUACAGCUUUCCUUAUACGUCUCCAAUGGUGCUUAUAAUCUAAAUAUGUGUAAAAGGAAAUGGUUAACCAGGACAUGCACUAUAUGGCCAAAAGUUUGUGGACACUCGACCAUAACACUCGUGCUUUUUCAACAUCCCAUUCAAAAUGUGGUCUCCCCUUUGCUGUUAUAAUAACCACCACUCUUCUGGGAAGGCUUUCCACUACAUUUUGGAACGUGGUUGAAGGGAUGUGCUCAUUCAUCCACAAGAGUAUUAGUGAGGUCAGGCACUGAAUAUUAGAUGAGGAGGGCUGAGGUGCAGUCAGGUUCCAGUUCAUCCCAAAGGUGUUCAGUGGGGUUGAGUUUAGUACUCUGUGCAGGCUGCUCGAGUUCAUCCACACCAAUCUUGCCAAACCAUGUCCUCAUGGACCUCACUUGAUGCACAGGGGAAUUGUCAUGCUGGAACAUGUUUGGGCCUCUUAGUUCCAGUGAAGGGAAAUCGUAAUGCUACCUGUACAGGUGUACUUCCAACUUUUAUGGCAACAGUUUGGGGAAGGCACACCUAUGGGUGUGUUGGGCAGGUGUCCAAAAACUUUUGGUCAUAGUGUUUAUAUUUUGUUAGAUUAUGAAUAGUACAGUUGCUCCUUCUGUAUAUACAUCCCAUUGGAAAAUGCUGGUGAUGUUUUAAUCUAUUUCCCCAGUCAAAUAAUGGGAAUAUCCCUAGUGUCAUUAUUUACACAAACAGGAUUAUUUCUUAUUCAUUGCUAAUGAUUAGAGGUGAGCUUGUAAUCAUGAGUCUCAGACAUUGUAAAAGAAACAAGUGGAGAACUUUUCUCAUUAUCUGUUCAUUUGUUUUGUUAUCCGUACUUGCAUUCUACUGAAUGGUAACCCAUUUCUUUAGGCCUUUUUCUCUUAAGCAACACCUGAAUUCAGCUUCUGUCAGCAUUUAAUAAUUGGUAUGGAAUAUGGGGGUAUAGUACAGGCAUUAAAGCUUUUGAGACUGACAUGGUGAUCAGUUAAAGCAGAACUGUGAAGGCUUAAAGGAUUUAAAAAGUAAUCUGAUUUAACAUUUUUUUCCUUAAUAGAAAUGUAUUUAAUCCUUUCGCAACAGCAAUUUUUUUGUUACCCACCAGACUGAAUUCAUGUAGAGGAUCUAAGGUGAAUGUUAGCUACAUCAUUGUUGUAAACACCUGCAUGACAACAUGCUUGAUCACAUUUCCAUAGUUGUGUAUGUGCUGUGAAUAGUGAGAAGGUAUGGGAUGGUGUGCUUCUGCCUGGUGUGAAAGAGCUUGAUGCUUAAAGACGUGUUCUUACUCAGUUCUUUUGUUUUCUAUAAAUAGGUGGUCAAGUAGGUCAAGUGCAAGAAUGAAAUGUGUUCUCUGAAAUGAAAAUGUGUAGUUCUUAUACACUGCAUCAUUGCGAGAUGCAUUCAUUGUGUUGGCUUAUUUUAUUUUUGUCUUCUUUCUUUUCUAAGUUCUUAAGGCUUUCCACUAUAUUCUAUAGAAAUGGCAUGUGUUGAGGUAGCCUUCACUUUCCUUCGUGUCUUUUCCUAAAGAGUUAACUUGUCUUUGCUCUUACAUACUCUAUGAUACAAUACUUGAGUGGUUCUGGUUCUAAGGUCUAAGGCGAGUCAGCCUUCUGUUUCACCUGUAGCAAACCAAGGCAAAUAAAAGACUCGGUUUCAGUAACCACUUAAUCUUGGGCAGGGUUGCUGUGAAUCUGGGGUUUGUCCUGGGAAAACUGGCUGUGAGGCAGAGAAUAUCCCGAAUAUUUUGGAGGGGAUAAUGUACACACAGUUUCAUUUACUCCUUCAUUUCAAUCACCUUCACAUGUUCUUUGGAAGUAGGAGGAAAAUUAAAAACCUUGAGGAAACCCACACAGGUGCGGGAAGAACAUGAGAAAAUCCACACAGUGACACAAACUCAAGAUCGGCCCAGGACCCUGGAGCUGCCGCACGCUGCAAAAAAAAAAAAAAAUUGUAUACUGUUUAUACAUCAGUUUUAACGGAGCCAACUGAUUCAUGGGUAGCAUAAAUAAAACAUUCACAAAUGUGCUGGAAAUGUUUGUAGAUGUUUAGGUGUACUUUUUGAUACUCAGGUAUAUGGUGUUUUCUGUUUUUCUUUAGUCUGUUGUUUUGCCUGAAAUAAUUAACUAAUAAUUAAUAAUUAUGAUAUUCUGGCUUUUCUUUUUGUCAUGAAAAUGUUAUGCAUGCCAUUUAUUUAUUAAAGACUUCCAGUUCUUCUGU